AUGUCGUACAUGUUGCCUCACUUGCAUUCGGGGUGGGCUGUGGAUCAGGCGAUCCUUGCCGAGGAAGAGCGUCUCGUUGUCAUCCGUUUUGGACACGAUUGGGACGAGACUUGUAUGCAGAUGGAUGAGGUGCUGUCAUCGGUUGCAGAGACAAUAAAGAACUUUGCUGUGAUAUACCUUGUGGACAUCACAGAAGUGCCUGAUUUUAACACUAUGUAUGAGUUGUACGAUCCUUCGACAGUUAUGUUCUUCUUUAGGAACAAGCACAUCAUGAUAGAUCUUGGAACUGGAAACAACAACAAGAUUAAUUGGGCGAUGAAGGACAAACAAGAGUUCAUUGACAUCAUUGAAACUGUCUACAGAGGUGCAAGGAAGGGACGUGGUCUUGUCAUUGCUCCCAAAGAUUACUCCACCAAGUAUCGAUACUAG